AUGUCACCAUUAAUUCCGGUAGAAUCCAUGGAACAUAAUGAAAUUGCAAGAGUGGAUGAUAACGGACAUGUAAUGAACUGGGAUGAAGUUAAAGAAAUAGUCGGUUGUCGUCUAGAAUUAUUGCGUCGUGAAAAGUCAUUGCAAUUAAAAUAUGCAGCACAUAAAGUGAAAAUAGCGCAAGAAUAUAGUUCAUUGGAUCAUUACGUUUGCAAAGUUGUUUUAAACUGGUCCAAAGAAAUUCUUCAAAAAUCAUCCACAUCACCACAGGAAUAUUUUUCGUCGAAAACCCCUUCAACUCAUUAUAAUCUUCGAUUAAAUGAUUUUCCCUAUAUCGUGGACUCUUCCAUUUCUCAUUAUAUCCUAUGGUCCAAAUUACCUUUCGAAAAUCAAAAUGAACCUGAUGUGAAGAAAGAGAUUGAUUCAUUUUUAAAAGAAAAGUUUCCUGGAGAAAAAGAAUGGGUAUUCUUUAUUAAUCCACCUCGAUUACAAAGUGUUAAAAGUAUUUGGCACGGUCAUAUUUUUGUAAGGGAUAUUCCAAAUCAAAAUUAG